AUGUCUUUCAACAACAAUCAUACAAGGAAGACUGUCCUAAUCACUGGAGCAUCCGACGGAUUAGGUCUAGAAGCUGCAAAAAAUUAUGCUAAAGCUGAAUUUACUACUGUAAUGGCUGGGCGAUCUGCAGAGAAGCUCGCUAAGGCAGCUGAAGCUGUAAGGAUCGCUGCAAACAUUGAUGCAUCUCAAGCUGAUGAAAAAAUCCACACCAUUUGUUUUGACUUCUCCAGCCUUGAAUCAGUGCGCAACGGCGUGAAUCAAUUCCUGGAUCUCAAUCUACCACUCAAUCUACUUAUCAACAACGCGGGUAUGUUCGGCAGGUCUCGUGAAUUCACCAAGGAUUCAAACGUGUUUGAGAAAACUCUUAUGGUCAAUAUGGUGGGACCUCUGCUGUUCACCGAGUUGUUAUUACCAAGAAUGAUGGAAAGUGGAGGUGGCAACAUUAUAAUUGUGUCGAGCAGCUUGCAUUUUCCAAAGAAGAACUCUAAAAAGCUCAUCUUACCUCUGGAUAAUCUUGAUGGAUCCAAGGCCUGGAGUUCUGAAGGAUCCUAUGCGGCGUCCAAGCUAGCAGAUCUCUGGUGGGCUUAUGUACUGGCCGAUAAACUCUCUAAAUCUGAUCCUAAAAUUAGGGUGAAUGCUUUAGAUCCCGGAGCCGUUCCAAGUACUGGAAUAGCUCGUGAAGCCCCAUGGAUAAUUCAAAAGGUGCUACCAUAUAUCCUUCCUCUAAUAACGUCCAACACUGUGACAUUAGAAACAGCCGGCGAACACUAUCUAGGCUAUGGAAUCGAUCCUCAAUAUGCAUCGGACAAUGGAAUAUAUUAUGAUAGAGGCAACAAGGUGAAGUCCUCAGAGGAAUCUUAUGAUAUGGUUAAAGCUAAGACUGUUUACAACUUAGCCUGUCAAGUCACUGGGCUUGACGACCGUAAGGUUGCUGUUUAG